CGACUGCCUGUCACUGGCCUGUCACUUUUACCAUUCUUAUCAAUUUUUAGAUAACCCAUAAGUAAUGGUGUUUCGUGUAUUUUGUGUCACAUUUGGUUCUUAACAUGAAUGUGAUGCCGUUUUAAAUCUUAUUAAAAUGCGAACUGCUUCUGAAGUACAACAAAAUUUGUUCUGAUGUACUCUGCAUGUAUAAAAUAUAUGAUAAACUGAAGGGACAAACAAACAGAAUUUUAUAGUUGUGUUUUGAAUAGUUAUGAUACAUAAGUAUGAAUUAAGUAAUGGCACCUGCAAAAAACAAAUGGAUUAGACGUUUUAUAAUUACUGAAAUAAAACGGCACAAGAAGGGUUUCACAAUUUACAAAGUUACUUCUAUGGUAUUUCUGAAGUCUUCUCAUGAAGAAGUGUCAAAAGUAUCUGUGUGGAAGCGUUAUAAUGAUUUUAAAAAACUUCACUCAGAACUCAGUAACAUACACAAACGUUUAGGAAUAAAAGAGAGUUUUCCAAUUUUACCCAAAUCAAAAUACUUUGGCAGAUUUGAGGCUGAAGUUGUAGAGGAAAGGAAAAAGUAUGCUCUCAAGUUUCUAGAAUUUGUGGGACGCUAUUCAUAUCUGUAUUCAAGCGAUGUUUUCAUAACAUUCUUUGAAACUAGUCAUGUGGAUAAUUAUACUAAUGAUUGUGCACAUUCCUUAAACUCUGAUACAUCAGAGGAUGAUCAUAUUGUUACUGUGAAUGAUUCUGUGCUUACAAAUGAUACUACAACACAAAGUCAUUUUCAAGUGCCGUGUCGAUCUAAAACAUCUCACAAUAUUUUAAUAAAACCAUGUUCUCCAUUGUCAAAUACUACUUGUACUACGAAUGAGAAUGGAUUUACAAAAUCUUGGAGGAAAAAUGAAUCUCAUAAUACUACUAAUUUACAGAAUAUAAAUAUUAAAAAAGAAGAACAAAGUUAUAAAACGAAAAAAUCUCAUGUACAAGAUGCUAAUACUAAAGAUUGUGACACAUAUAAAGGAAUUAAAAAUCUCGAAACAAACGAUAAAACAACUCUACGUAAUGUGUCAGGAUUUGAUAAUCUCAACAGUAAUAUCAAUAGACAUCUUUCAAAUUACAAUGUAGCACAUUCUACUCAUUCCACAACAUUGCAUGAAAAGGAAAAUCUUUCACAGAUACAGUCGGAUUCUACGCAAUAUCUUUUAAUAGCUGCUGCUCAUAUGAGUGCAGCCUUUAAACAUGAAUCUAUAGCAGAAUACGAGGAAGCUUUUACACAAUACAAACUGGGAAUUUCAUGUCUUAUAAACGGUGUACAGUUUGAUCCAGACAGUACAAGAGUACCAAGUAUAAAAGAUAAAAUAUCGAAAUAUUUAGCACGAGCCGAACAAUUGUAUAAUAGAUAUUUAAAUUGUAACAUCUCAAUAGUAAGCAAAUCAGUAUCAGACCUUCAACAUUAUAAAGUACUUAAAGCAAUGAGAUCGGUGAUGCUUGUAAUGGAUAUACGUACAAAUUGUAAAAGGAUAAUAAAGACUGUAGAAAAAUCUUCUGUUCGUGAAAAUAAGAUAACUGAUUAUAUAUUACGCGGACAAAUACCAUAUAUGGUGCAUUUGCACGCAUGUGUUGAAACGGAGACAACUGUAUUUUUGAUUCUGCAGUAUGCAAGUUGUGGAAAACUGUGGGAUUUUAUAAGACUACAUUAUAAAACAUCUGACAAUUUGCAUAAUAUAAUUUCAAAUCACAUAUGCGCAAAUAAAUAUGUUAAUGAAAAACUUGAUAGCAAUGAAUAUAUUCAUGGAUCAAAUAAAACAGAUAAAGUUGUACAAAAUAAACUACAAAGAGAAGAUGAUCAAUACUUGACAGAUAUUCAGAAUGAAAUCUAUCUGGAGGUGCCUACUAUGCAAUUGUUAGAAAACUCACAAAAAUUAUUAAAAUCUGUUAAUGCCACAUUACAGAAAAGCAAUUCCAUCACGAGUCGAUUGAAUGAUUUUAAAGAAGUAAAACAUUCAGGAAACAUAUCAUCGCCGAAUGCAAAAGCUAUUACGCAGAUCUCUCAAGAAUCGGAUCUCAUAUCAUCUGAUGUUUAUCGCAAUAAAUCAUUAAACAAUAAUAUAGAUAAUAUUUUAAUAAAGGAUUUUAUAGAAAAUAAAAAUUCGGAAACUGAUUCUUUAUCAAGAAACAAUAACAAGAAUUCACUUAAAAAUAAGAAGAGUGAUCCAUAUUGCAACAACUCUACUUUGAACAAUAUUUCGACGCAGAAUAUCUCGACCAACAAUACGAUAUACGCCUAUAAAAAUAAUGAUACCGGAAGUAGAGAUCGAAUAAAUUCUUCAAACGUUAAUUGUACUGAUGAAACACAAUAUCCGCAUUUAUGUAAAGAUAAUAUCGAUGAAGAAAAGCUUUGGCAAAUACCUGAAGCGGUAAUUCAAUCAUGGACAACUGAAAUUAUUUUAGCCCUCGAAGCACUUCAUCAACAGGAUACUUUAAUCUUCGAUUUCAAACCUGACAAUAUUCUUCUUGAUGACGCAGGGCAUAUACAGCUCACUUAUAUCACACCGCAGCACAAUGUAGAACUGUCCAAAUUAACGCAUCCAUAUUCUUCACCCGAAUUGACAAUGUUUUCUCCGCUUAUUCCGAUUACAUCUGCUACAGAUAUAUGGAGCCUAGGAAUUAUUUUGUACGAAUUGUUUACUGGCACUACAUUUGUGACAAAACACCCAGGAUUAUUCCAUUCACAUUCCACAAUUAGCAUUCCUAACAAGCUAACGGAAAGUGCAAAAUCUUUAUUAUAUGGCAUGCUGAAAUAUCAUCCGGAUGAACGAUUAACGAUAGACGAAAUAAAACGUCAUCCGUUCUUCGCAGGAAUCGAUUGGUUCAGUAUGGUCGAUUCUCAAGCGUAAAUACUUAUAUCAUUAGAUUAAUUAAUUUUACAUAAUCGUUAAUGAAAUUACAUAAGUAUUUAUUAUUGUAUAGUAGAAAUACAA